CAACAAUGUUCCAGAGGAGGAGGUCACCAGCACGGGGAGCAGGGCCUCAAACCACUAUCCAUUAUCAGCAGAGAGCUUCACAGACGACAGUGAGGAGUGGACCGCUGAUGAUGAAGAACUUCAUUCUCCUGCUCCCGACACUGUAGAUACACAAAUGAGCCACACCAGGACUCUUUCGAUGCCAGAUAUGGGAAACAACUUACAAGACCUGAGCAUAAACCACCAGCACAGUCAAAGUGACAUCAGCGCAGAUGGCACCCAUGCCCAAGCAAGACAUGAGGCACUUCAGAAGUUGGCCACAUUUUUCCAUUCGCCAAAACCUGCAGAGCCAGCUGCCAGCAGCAGUGAACCAGAGACAAGUCCUGAACCUGUGAAGGAGGAAGCAGCAGCUCCCUUGCCUGAAGUUAAUUCACCUCCGGAAGUGGAAACGCUCAUUUUACCUCCUCCUCCCCUGUAUGCUGACUUGACUGUGGAGUAAUUAUCAUAAAAUAAGCCGGAUAAACAGCAGCCAGGCAGAGGAAAUAAGAUUCGUCUACAUUGUUAUUCUUCACACUGUGACCCGUGCUAGUCACAUAAUACUGUGACAGUAUCUUCAUCUUCUUGACUAUGACCUUAUUUACCUGGUGAAUGCAUUUAUGGAUCAGUAUGAUGAUGAUGAUGAAGAGGAGUGAGAUUUCUCGACACCAUCUCAGCCGCUAGAACUCUUUAAACAUUUUUUUUUUGUUAAGCCUCAGUGAAAAACCAGACUAGAACAGUUAUCCUGGUGACUCUGAGUGACUUUUUAAACCUUGGACCUGCUGAUUCCAGGAGAGGACUUACAAACUGUUGCAGACACAAACACACCCUGGAGGCUUUUGCAGGGAAAAUUUCACACCACAAAUAUAUAUAUAUAAGGCACAAUAAGUAGGAUUUCUUAAAAACAAAAACAGACUCAAACAAAUAUAAUCCCUCUCAGUCAACACGUAUAACCCACUAGAAGUGAUGUCUGUAUUUGCAGAAAAAGUGCCCCCUGCCUGUAUUUUCUCUUUGUGGGUGUCAGUCUUUGGGCACUGGGUGUGUAGCCCUCAGACCAGGUGCCAGAUCAUAAACAUCCACUAGAAAAUGGCAAACACAUAACCAAAAGAAAUUGCAAAUUUACAUACUAAGGUGAAAUAGCAAGCUGAAAAAAGCUUGUUCCAAGUGCAUUUGGUGCCUGAAACGGUCAAUUCUUCCUACUUAUUGUGCCUUUAAAUUGGUGGAAAUAAGAGAAGGACAAUGGAAAGGUUGAGACACCAUCCUGAGGAGAAACACCGGCAGUGGAGAGAGGGGGAAUUGUUUUCUAAUCCUUUUCAUCCAUGCUCCAGUAAUCUGUAGUUCUUCUCAGGAUCAACCUCCAAUCCACCGGGGUUUUGACAUUAGUUUACCUGUUACCAGUUUACAGUGUUGGUAGCAAAGGAUUGAAUAGCAUUAUAGCUGAUAGAAAUGACCAAAGUCUUAACGGAGUUUGGGUCUGGUCAUCAGAAAUAAUUAUAAACCCUGUGUGUGGCCAGCUCUACCCCACAAGUGAUGUGAUUUAAUUUUUUUUUAUAAUUCUAUACUGCAUGCUGGGGUUGGGCAUUAUGAUGACGUAUAUUGUCAAAACAAUAGGAAAAUGGGUAACGCUUUAUAUUAAGGUCCUUAUAAUAACCAUUAAUUAACAAGUAAUAAGGCCCUUGUA